AUGGAAGACGUUCGUGCACUCCUCUUUGAUGUUUUUGGCACUUGUGUCGACUGGAGAACGACAGUGACCAACGCCCUGGUUCAACAAUGCCGAGUUGCUUUGAUGAGAAGAUCGGCAAUCAUCACAAACGAUGUUCGGGCCAAAGCAAGUGCAAUGAGCACUGAAGACUGGGGUGCCUUUGCGCAAGAAUGGAGAAGCAGUUACUACAAAUUCACCCGUUCUCUUGCAGCCGAUGCAUCCCUCAACUGGAAGACUGUGGACGACCAUCACCUCGAGUCUCUGAAUGAGUUGAUGGUCAAGCAUGGUCUAGGUCGUGAAGAUGGCGAGCUUGGUGGUCUCUGGAAUAAAGACGAAGUCAAGGAGAUGAGUCUUAUUUGGCACAAGCUCGACCCUUGGUCUGAUACCGUUGCUGGCCUCAAGGCUUUGAACACCAAGUACGAGACAUGCACACUUUCCAACGGAAACAUUGCUCUCCUCAAAGACAUGCAACAGCAUGCCGGUAUGCCUUUUAAGCAUACAUAUUCUUCCGAGCUGUUCAACUCCUACAAGCCCAACCCGGCCAUCUAUCUAGGAGCUGCGAAGAGGCUGGGCUUGGAGCCGAGUCAGUGCGUCAUGGUCGCAGCACAUCUGGGUGAUCUCGAAGCAGCGAAGGGCUGUGGCUAUCAUACAAUUUACGUUGAGCGGUCUCAAGAAGAGGAGAAAGCAAACGAAGAAAAGGCCAGAGAAAAGGGCUUCGUAGAUAUUUGGGUUGGGAUUAAUGAAGAUGGCUUCGUCUGCGCGGCAGAGAGGCUCGGAAUAAGUGUAUAA